AUGGCAUCAUCAUCGUUGAAAGAGUUUGGCAGGCUGGUGAAUGGAUUGUCUCUGGUGGCCAAGGAGGCUGCCAAACAAAGCUCUCCCCAUCGGGACUUGCAAUCCCUAAUUAAGAAAGCCCUGCUCUCCUUCACCGACUUAUCCGGACUUACCAAAGGCAAGCUUCGUCAAUUCUCUCUUCCUAAUAAUGAUAAUACAUAUUAUAAAGAAAGCAGCAGCAGCAGCGUCGUCUACUUUGCGGAUGAGGAGGAGAAGCCACCUGAUCUACCCGCCGCCCUCCAUAUUUCCUCCUCCGAUCUGCAAGCCCAAAGGGAAAAGGUUGAGGUUGAUUUAAUACCCUCCAAUUCUCGACAAGUUACUGCCACACAUGGUGGUUCCAUUCAUGCUUCUCCAAGUGCUGGAGGACUGGAAUCUUCUAGCGCUAAUGCCAAUGCCCUUGCUGCUGCCGGUGCUCAAGGAGAAGAAUCGGCUGCGCCUGUGACUACUACUACUACUACGCCGCAGCCGCAGCCUCCAUCCUUGAAGAAGAAGAAGAGAACGCCGAGGGAGAAAACAGUUCCCUCUACAUCCUUCUCGAGAGCGCUUGGGUUUGCUAGCCUAGGAGCUGGUCUUGCAUGGGGAACAUUUCAAGAAUCUGCCAAAAGGCUUGUGUUUGGUACGUCUACCACGCAAGACAAACAAUCUGCUCUUUCCCCAUUUUUAUCUGAGAAAAAUGCAGACCGUUUGGCUCUUGCGUUAUGUAGAAUGCGUGGAGCAGCUCUUAAAUUAGGACAGAUGUUGAGCAUUCAAGAUGAAUCUCUUGUUCCUGCUCCGAUCUUGGCUGCUUUGGAUAUUGUCCGUCAAGGUGCAGAUGUGAUGCCAAGGAGCCAGCUCAAUCAAGUUCUGGAUGCCGAAUUAGGUCCUGACUGGUCAUCUAAGUUGAUGAGUUUUGAUUAUCAACCAAUAGCUGCUGCAAGUAUCGGCCAGGUGCACCAAGCUGUCACUAAGGAUGGUUUAGAGGUUGCAAUGAAAAUUCAGUACCCUGGCAUUGCAGAUAGCAUCGAUAGUGACAUUGAGAAUGUGCAGUUGCUAUUGAAGUAUACAAACUUGAUUCCAGAAAAACUAUAUCUUGACAAUGCUAUGAAGGUGGCAAAAGAGGAAUUAUCUCGUGAAUGUGACUAUAAGUUAGAGGCAGCAAAUCAGAAAAGGUUUCGUAAUCUGCUAUCCAACACAAAAGGAUUCUAUGUUCCAAUGGUGGUGGAUGAUCUUUCUAGUAAAAGAGUUUUAACUUCAGAACUUGUUCCUGAAAAUCCAUGCUGUUGGCUCAAGUUGCUGCAAUUAUACUUACAUGCCCUCUUCAGAAGAAAAGCCAUGCGUUGGUUCAUGCAGCUGAAAUUUUCAUUUGGAAAUUUCAAUAUUGUAUAUGGAUAUGAUUUGUGGGUUUUCUUUGUUUACGAGGUUUUCUUUGUGGCAAAAGAGGAAUUAUCUCGUGAAUGUGACUAUAAGUUAGAGGCAGCAAAUCAGAAAAGGUUUCGUAAUCUGCUAUCCAACACAAAAGGAUUCUAUGUUCCAAUGGUGGUGGAUGAUCUUUCUAGUAAAAGAGUUUUAACUUCAGAACUUGUUCCUGGAAUUCCAAUUGAUAAGGUGGCUUUACUAGACCAAGAGACUCGUAAUUAUGUUGGGAAAAAAUUACUUGAGCUUACAUUGACGGAACUAUUUGUCUUCCGCUUCAUGCAGACCGAUCCUAAUUGGAGUAACUUUUUGUACGAUGUGGCUGCAAGAUCAAUUAAUCUCAUUGACUUCGGAGCAGCUCAAGAUUACCCUAGAAGUUUUGUUGAUGAUUAUUUAAGAAUGGUUCUUGCUUGUGCAAAUAGUGAGCGAGAAGCUGUGAUUGAAAUGUCAGAGAGACUUGGGUUCCUCACAGGAAUGGAGUCGGAGAUAAUGUUAGAGGCUCAUGUUCAGGCUGCUUUUGUCGUGGGACUGCCUUUCUCAAAGCCUGGUGGUUAUGAUUUUCGCUCCACCAGUGUCACUCAAAGCAUUUCAAACAUUGGGGCAACAAUGUUGAGGCACAGGCUGACACCACCACCCAAGGAGGCCUACAGUCUUCACCGGAAGCUUUCUGGUGCUUUCCUUGCUUGCAUCAAGCUUGGGGCUGUUGUACCAUGCAGGGAACUUCUACUUGAUGUGUAUAAAAGUUAUCAGUUUAGUGAAGAUGGUGAGAUAUUGCCUACUGCUUCAAAUUCGCAAUAA